UGGAGCCGUUUAUCUCCUGAGCGCAGCUCGCGCUGGUCACAGUCGAUCACAUUAGCGGACAGUAAAGGUUACCUGCUUCAACAGUGCUUGAACGGCAACCUUUUUUCUGUCUCCUGCCACCACCAGUCGAUAGUUAUCGCUAAAUAACAUCUGUUUUUUACUUUAUAGUACGUCAGCCUUCAUCUUUGCCCGCGCUCUGCUCCUGAAGAGGUUUGUUUUACAUCAAGGACUUCGAGCUUCGACAAACAUCAGCGCCAGUCAUGAAUUCCCAAGUGAGACAGAACUUCCACCAGGACUGCGAGGCUGCAAUCAACAGGCAGAUCAACCUGGAGCUGUACGCCUCCUACGUCUACCUGUCUAUGUCGUACUACUUCGACCGGGAUGACCAGGCAUUACCCAACUUUGCCAAAUUCUUCCGUAACCAGUCACAUGAGGAGCGUGAGCAUGCUGAAAAGUUGAUGAAGUUUCAAAACCAGAGAGGUGGAAGGAUUUUCCUCCAAGACGUCAAGAAACCAGAGAGAGACGAGUGGGGAAGUGGUGUGGAGGCCCUGGAGUGUGCUCUGCAGCUGGAGAAGAGCGUCAACCAGUCUCUGCUCGACAUGCACAAACUGUGCUCUGAGCACGUCGAUCCACAUAUGUGUGAUUUCAUCGAGACGCACUUCCUGGAUGAGCAGGUGAAGUCCAUCAAAGAGCUGGGCGAUUGGGUGACCAACCUGCGUCGCAUGGGUGCUCCACAGAAUGGAAUGGCGGAGUACUUGUUUGACAAGCACACUCUCGGCAAAGAAAGCAGCUAAACUAGAUGACAAAUGACUUGUAUAUCUAUAUGUAUUUGCUUCUAAAUGUUUUAACUAUAAGCCAUCUGCAUGAGACCUGAUCAGCUCAUGAAACAAUUAAAAAAAGCAUGAUAGUAAGUAAGGGUUUUAACCUGCUCAACAUCUUGUAUUUGCGUUGAAUAUAUUUUGGCUGUAAUUUUUCCUUUGCUAUGUUUAAAGUCACGACAAAUCACCAAAUAAACACCUCUCUGGUUCCCA